CUUUUGAGAGUGACUUGUUGGGGAUGAUGAAAAUAUGGGACUUUGUAGAAGAUUGUAGAAACGAGAGGGAAAAACUAAUAUUGGCAACAACUAAUAACUCAAGAAAAUAUGAGAAACCACCAGAAUAUUGCUUUAGUGUCCAUUCUUUAUCAAUAGUUCCUGAUCAAAUAAGAAACUCCAGAAUUCUCCUCUCCGUAAUAUAAAUAUGAUCUCAAACCCAUCAUCUUCAAUCAUCACACAAAUAAAUCUAACAGCUCUUUAUCUGUAUUAAUCCUUCAACUAUUAACCCAAAUUCAAGAAAAUGUCUCUAAUUCCAAGUUUCUUUGGCAACCGCAGAACCAACGUCUUCGAUCCAUUCUCUCUCGAUCUUUGGGACCCUUUCUUCAACUCCGCAAACUUGCCGGCCUCCGCCGGAGAAACAUCGGCCUUAGCAAAUGCGAGAGUUGACUGGAAAGAAACAGAAGAAGCUCACAUUUUCAAAGCCGACGUGCCUGGUCUCAAGAAAGAAGAAGUCAAAGUUGAAGUGGAAGAAGGUCGAGUUCUUCAGAUAAGCGGUGAAAGAAGCAAAGAAAAGGAGGAAAAGAACGAUAAAUGGCACCGUUUCGAGAGGAGCAGCGGCAAGUUUAUGAGGAAAUUCAGGUUGCCGGAGAAUGCAAAGAUGGAUGAGGUUAAAGCUAGUAUGGAAAAUGGCGUUCUUACUGUUACUGUACCCAAAGCAGAGCCGGAGAAGAAGCCUGAAGUUAAGUCUGUUCAGAUUUCCGGUUAAGAAUAUUAUGUUUGAUCUGUUUCUGUACUGUGUGGUGCUUAUUUGCAUAAUGUGAAAGUUUGUAAUGUGACAUAAACAUUGCAUUAAAUAAAAAGUGUGUUUCUUUA